AUGGACCUCUCAAACAAUCGGUUUAGCGAUCUCUUGGCAACCAAAUAUUUUGAACAUUUGACAGCCAUGAUAAACUCGCAAGAACAUGGACUGAAAUAUAUGGGAGGGUGCUACUAUCAGGAUAUUGUGGUAGUGACAAUUAAAGGCUUCGAAAUUGAAAUGAAGAAGAUCCUAAUGUUCUUCACAACUAUUGAUUUCUCAUAUAACACUUUCAGAGGAGAGAUUUCAAGUGUAAUCAGUAAGCUUAAAUCAUUGGAGGGGCUUAACUUUUCUCAUAAUGAGCUUAAAGGUACAAUUCCACCAUCAUUUGGCAAUAUGUGCAAUCUUGAAUGGUUAAAUCUGUCUUCAAACAAACUUGUUGGUGAUAUUCCUCAGCAAUUGGUAAAUCUAACAUCACUUGAAAAGUUCAAUGUUUCAGAAAAUCGACUUGUGGGGCCUAUACCUCAUGGCAAGCAAUUUGAUACAUUUGAAAAUGACUCAUAUAGUGGAAAUAUAGGAUUGUGUGGAUUGCCACUUUCUAAAACAUGCAGUGCACAUCAAUCACCGCCAUCGUCAUUCCAACAAGAGGAUGAUUUGGAGCAUGGGAAUGGUUUUGAUUGGAAGGUAGUGUUGAUGGGGUAUGCAUUUGGUGUGGUAAUUGGAAUAUCUGUGGGAUAUCUUGUAAUCUCUAAUGGAACAGCAAAUUGGCUUGUUAAAGUGGUAGGAAGAAAGCAACGUCGUAGAAUUAUGAAAAUCACAAAAUGA